AUGUCCAAUCCUCAAUCCGCGGUAGCGAUUGCAUCGCUGCUUCGCCGUAACAAGCUUUUGAAACAGAGACAAGGCUUGUCUCAGGCUCGACAUGUGGAUUUCUUUCGUUACAAGCGUUUUGUAAGGGCUCUCAAGUCUUCCGAAUAUAAGGCAAAGUCAGAGAACCAGCCCGAUCUGUACCCUCCAGUAAACAACUUCGAAGACGCGAAAAACGUGUUCAUCGAGCUCAUCAAAGCCCAACUGGUCGUACCCUGCAAGAAACUGCACAGUGCUGAAUGCAAAGAUCACGGACUAAAGCCCAACAAGGAAUUCCCCAAUUUGCUACUGUCAGACAAGGCAAUGCUGCAGCCCGAUGAAUACUACACCUGGAACUACAACCCCAAGACGCUCACGGAUUAUUUGCUGGUCGUGGGUAUCGUUGUCGGUAUUCUUGCCUUCGUGUGCUAUCCGCUAUGGCCAUCGUCCAUGAGAAGAGUGGUAUACUACGUGUCUCUGGCACUCCUGGCGCUGAUCGGACUGUUUUUCGUCAUCGCCAUUCUACGUUUUAUCAUCUAUUUGCUGUCCCUUGCGGUCUGCAGCGAAAAGGGUGGGUUUUGGCUGUUCCCCAAUCUGUUCGAAGACUGUGGUGUUCUUGAAAGUUUCAAGCCAUUCUACGGGUAUGGUGAAGUCGAGUGUUACAGCUACAUCAAAAAGUUGAAGAGAAGAAAGCGCAAGACAGACAAAAAGGUACAGUGA